AUGGCAUCCUCAUCAUACAAUAACCAGCAACCUGAUGUCGAAAUGCAAGGUGAGGACCAAGAGUUCCAAGAGACAAACGUAACGUCUCAGGCGAACAAGGCGAAGAAGAUGGUUGUGCCAAGGUCUACCGUGUGGGAGCAUUUCACCAGAACCAAGGAGAAUCGAAACAAGUGUAUUUGUCAUCAUUGCGAGAAGAUCUUUUCAUGUGCAUCCAAGUCCGGAACUUCUAACCUGAAGCAGCAUCUGCAAAUUUGCAGAGAACACAAAGCUUGGUUAACUAGUCAGAAGAAGAAUCAACAACAGAUUGGUAAUGGAGGAAACCUGAAGGGAUUCAAAGUGAGUGAAGCACUUUUCAAAGAAGCGCUUAACGAGCUGGUGGUCUUAGCAGAAUUGCCACUUUCAUUCAUUGAAAGUACUGCUUUUAAACACUUCUGCGACAAGGUUAACCUUCCAAAACCCCACUCAAGAAGGACUUUGACAAGGAACAUUGUCGAGAUGUUUGUGAAAAAGAAAGCAGCCCUGAAGAACUUGCUUAUCUCAAGCAAACAAAGAGUUUCACUUACCACUGAUAUUUGGUGGCAGCUGAAGAAGUUAAUCAUCGGCUUCAAAUAUGUCAUGGAUCACAAAGGUCAGACAAUCUCGAACGUUCUUUUAGAGUGUUUAGCUGACUGGGGAAUUGAGAGGGUAUUUUGCAUAACGGUAGAUAUUGCAACCGCCAAUACUUCUGCCCUUAAGAGAUUCCAUGAGGUCUUUAGAUCCAUUGCCCCUGAUGCUUUAGUCUUAGAUGGGAAUUUCUUACACAUGAGCUACAGGAAUGCUGUUCAGUAUGUUAGGUCCUCAACCACUAGGUUAAACGCCUUUGAUCAGAGAGUCACAACUGGUAAGAUGACUCGUGGUAGCUUGCCCCUAGAUGUAAAGACUAGGUGGAAUUCAACUUUCCUUAUGCUAUCUAGAGCAUUACAGUUUAAGGCAGCAUUUGAAAGAAUGGAAGCAGAAGAUAGGCUGUACAAUGUCUACUUUCUAGAGGUAGAUAAUGGGGCUAAGCGGUGUGGACCACCUGCUUCUUGGGACUGGAAAGCUGUUGAAAAGCUUAUUAGGUUCUUGGUCAUAUUUUACAAUAGCACCUUGGUUGUGUCGGCCUCAUCUAAGGUCAAUGCAUUCAAAUGCUAUGGUGAGAUCGUGACAAUUGAGAGAAACCUCACUGGUUUAGUUAGCAGCUUAGACCCUGAGUUGAAGUUGAAAGCAUCAGAAAUGUUGAAGAAGUUUUUAAAGUAUUGGGGUGGUGUCAAGGGUGUCAACAAAAUGUUGAUCUUAGCAACCAUCUUUGACCCUACACUGAAGAUGCAUUUCGCAAAGCUCUGUUUUGAGAAGUUGUAUGGGAAAGAUAGCUUGGAGGCUAAGGAGAUGACAAAAACGGUGACUGAUCUUCUCACAUCCAUGUUUAAGGAGUACAACCUGCGUUUCAAAGGAGCUUCUGGACAAGCAUCGCAACCAACUGAAGCUUCAGCCGUCUCUGGUCCAGACUCUCAAGAACAAGCAGUGGAAAGAAUGGAACUGGUGGUUGAGGAUUUCGGCUAUGAAAGGAUGGAUGCUGUGUACAAGGAACUUGUUGCUGAAAGAGGUGAAGAUACUAGGGAUGAGCUUGAAGUUUACUUGAAGGAAGCAGUUGAGAUUCCAAAGCUCUUACUGGGAACCGAGUUUGACAUACUGUCGUGGUGGAGAGUUCACAAAACGAAGUAUCCGGUCCUUGCAGAAAUGGCGAGAGAUCUCCUGGCUAUGCAGAUUUCAUCAGUGGCAUCAGAAAGUGCUUUCAGCACAAGUGGAAGGAUAUUAGAACCUCAUAGAAGCUGCUUAACUCACUACAUGAUCGAGGUUAUUAUGUGUACUGAGCAAUGGCUUCAUGCUGACAUCAAGCUGAAGGAAACCAUCAUCACAAAUGAGCAAAUCCUAGCUGAUGUGGAAGAGCUUGAUAAGCUUGAGAAAGAGUUUGAAGCUCACAAUCUUGAUGAUUGA